CCCCCCGUCGAGGCGCCGCGCAUGUCUGGAGCUCUGGCUCGUGCAGUAGCGUCACGUGGAGGCGGAGCGAGGACUCGGGGACAGUUACCACCUAUUUGCAAUUCAAGGAGAAUAUAAGACAGAGAAGAAAGCUGUGAAUGAAUUUCAUUUGAUUAGCAAUAGAUUGGACACUCUACUGAUCUUGCCUCUCUACAACCUCUCUUCCACCUGACCUCUAAAUGUUGAAGUGUUUCAGGAAUUGUCUUAGACUUUCUUCCUUAUCUACACUUCCUCUCCAAUAUGAAUCUUGAUGGCUCUGCACAAGAUCCUGAAAAGAGGGAAUAUUCUUCUGUGUGUGUGGGCAGAGAAGAUGACAUUAAAAAAUCUGAAAGAAUGACAGCUGUUGUCCAUGAUAGAGAAGUGGUCAUUUUCUACCACAAGGGAGAAUAUCAUGCUAUGGAUAUUCGCUGUUACCACUCAGGAGGACCUUUACAUUUGGGAGAUAUAGAGGAUUUUGAUGGACGACCGUGUAUAGUUUGCCCCUGGCAUAAAUACAAAAUUACUCUGGCAACAGGAGAAGGUCUGUACCAGUCUAUAAACCCUAAAGAUCCAUCAGCAAAACCCAAGUGGUGCUCCAAAGGAAUAAAGCAAAGGAUUCACACAGUGACAGUAGACAACGGAAAUAUUUAUGUGACUCUUUCUAAUGAACCUUUUAAGUGUGACUCUGAUUUUUAUGCCACUGGAGACUUCAAAGUAAUUAAGAGUUCUUCCUGAUAAAAAAUAUAUAGAAAUGAAAAAUAUUUUGUAUGCUUGAAAACAUUUUUAGAAUAACUCUGCUUCAGUUUUAAAGGUGAUGAAAUUUUUCAACAUAGGCACAACUGUUUAAAAUUCAUAUACAUUUGAGAGGUUUAAGAGCACACAUAGUAUGAUGUAAGGAUUAUCAUCAGGAUCAAUAGAAUACAUUUUAUCGAAUCUUCUGGAUUAAUUAGAAACCUGAAGGUUAUAGGUUUGGGAUGUUCUGUUUAAGAAGGAUGAAAAUAAAUUUGGAGUAAACAAAUAAUAGGUAAAAAUUAAGGAUUAGUAAGAAAAAAUUUUUUAAUUUAAAAAAUUUAAUUUUUAAAAUAGGAAAAAAAAUCCCUGUUUGAUGUAGCAGACUUAAUUCUGGAAAAGUUUUAGUAUAUACAAAGUAAACAGACUAUAUAAUGAACUUCCAUCACUCAGCUUUAACAGUUAUCAGCAUUCUUCCAUUCUUGUUUUAUUUACACCUCUGUGGAUUUGCUACCUCUCCUAUUUGAUUGUUAUUUUUACAUUUUUAGGAAAGUUUAAAUACAUUGAAAUGUUCACAUCUGAACUGUGCAACCUUCCUAAAUAACAGACUUUUUAUACUUAAAAAAUGCCUCCAAAAAUGAGAUAGGUUUACCUGCUGAACUUGAAAAUAAGAAACUUAACCACUGUUAAGUGAUCUGUGAUCAAGGCAGAUCUUGAAGUAAGGAAGCCAGACACAGCUGCUGCCCAGCCAUGAGAGAUGUAAAGUCUCCUAUUCAGUGAGCCAAUGUUCUUUGAAUGCCUAUAUGAAAUUUUCAAAUAAAGAUUUUUAAAAACGUUUUAGAACUUUGUGAAUGUACGCACAACUAAGUGUCUCCUAUAAAUAUUAUAGAGAGGAGAUCUAGGGUUGUGUUCCUUGGAGUUCUCGGGCAAGGUUGAUGUUCAGUUGGUUCACCCUGGUUUUAUCAUGUCAGUUAUUUAUGGUCAGUACCGUUCAGUUGCCUGGUGCUCAUACCGUACCAGUUGUAAUGUAUUUAAAAUAACACCCCAAGCACCCACCAUGCAAAAAUCAGCAGCACAUAGUGGUGAUUUUUGCAUGGUCAGUGCUCAUGCAAAAAUCACCACUAUGUGGGACCAGAAAUAGCUAAAAUGAGUAGAUGAUGAAUUCAGAGUGAGAAGAACUGUCAAGAUUGGAACCUAGUCUCAAAGCACAGUAGUAUUUUUAAAGGAAUAGAAUUAAGAAUCUAAAUCUAAUACUUAACAUUCUAAGGAGCCGACCUGGACUCUUUCUCUUGGUUAUUAUAAAAAUAGUAAAUGAGUAAGGUCUGUAUAGUAAAGACUCUGCUUACUUACCUUUACUACAUAUUAUUACACUUCCUUUUCUGUUGGAGUUUGGAUAGCAUGAGUAGCACUUGGUCCUCAUUUCUCAGACAACCAACGAACCAGACUUGGGCUUUUUAUAGAUACUGUUUGUGGUAGCAGCUACUUACUAAGUACAGAAAAUGUACUAUCUCUCAGGAAGGUACAUCCCAGUCUAUUCUAUCAUGUGAUAAUCCUUCAAUGCCCAGUCAGGUCUUAACACAUGUCCAGAAUAUAAAGUGAACAGAAGAAAUCAAAGUACUUUCUUCAGGCAAAAACUGUAGCCCUGGUUUGCAGGAAUAAUUACAGAAAUAUUUUCUCAUAGGAGCCACUGCCAAUAAUGAGCAGUGUGCACUUGAUUUUUCAUUCUAAAUUUGUAUCUCUAAAUCUAGAAAUAAAAAUCAUAUCAUGUACUGUCUUCAUAUACAGAAAUCUUCUCAUCACAUUGGUAAGUAAUAUUUUGUUUUAUAAAUUUAUGACAUCUGUGAAUUGCAAAUCCUUCAUAACUUUACAAGUGAUUUACAAAAUAAUAAUAGGCGGACUCAAACUCUCCAGUCUGCAUAUAAAAAAUAAAUAUUCUUUUAUUUUGAUAUGCACCAUCUUGAUGGGGCUUUUUUUCCUCCCAAGUAAAGAAUUAGACACUCAAAACAAGUCUUUAAUAAAAACAAUGUAUUAUAAAUAUGCUUAUAUUAUAAACCACAGUGUAAAGUCUAACCUACCAGAGGAUGGAUUUUCUUGUUCAUUAAAAGUAUGUAGUCAGUACAUAUAUUCCACAUCAAUAUUCAUUUUAUUUACUCUAUCAUGUAAAUACUAGAAAAUGACAUUUUAAUAGUAGCCCCCUUCUCUUUUUUUUAAGAAAGCAGAGCAAUUCAGAAUAUGUAAACUGGACUCUGAGUUUUGUCAGAUGAAAUGUGCCAUUAAAUAGAUAACUCUUAAGUUCUGUUCAGUGAUAUCUGUAUUCAGAUUUGCUCAUUCAUUUCAGCUGAUUGGUCAAACACAGAAUGUAAAACUUGGAUGUUAUUACUCUGCUUAUUAGCAAGAAGCUUGGGGUAAUCUGAAAUGUCUGGCUUCUCCGGCAAUGACCUAUAAGGUUUUGCUUUGAUUUCACCUUCAGCAAACAUAGGCUCCGAAAGCACAGGCUCAGAAAAGGCUUUUCUACAAUUUUCACUCUCCUCUCUGUUUUGCCUGAUGGAUUCUUCUUCCUGGAAGAUGUUCUUUACCUUCUUCAGCACAGCAUUAACACAGACUGCC